AUUUAAUAUUCAGUGUCUUUAAAAUGACUUGUGAUCUGUAUGCUAAGUUAUGGGGCUGUACAUGUUCGAUAGAAAUUAGUAUCGAUCACAUGAAGGUCAGGCUAUUCAGUGUAUUUUUUAAUUCAAGAGUUUUGUUUUCUUGUGUUGCUACAGCUCAUGUUUCUUAUUUAAAAAUAUAUUUUCUAACUAAAAAUUAAAUUUUACUAAAAAAUAGAAAAAGUGACAGUAUGAUAUUUAUGCUACUACAAAAAAAGUGAUUCAAAUAAAUGGUCGUUUUGAAAUUUCUAUUCAUCAAAGAAUUCUGAAAAGCAUUUAAGCAGCACAACUGUUUUCAACUUUGAUAAGAAAUGUUUCUUGAGUACUAAAUCAGCAUAUUAAUAUGAUUUCUGGAGGAUCCUGUGAUACCAAGGCUGGAGUAAUGUUGCUUAAAAAAUAGCUUUGCAUCACAGGAGAAAAUUAUAUUUUAAAAUAUAUUUAAAUACAAAACUGUUUGAAAUUGUACAUAUAAAUACAGCUUCCUAUAUGUAAGGCACUAAUAGGUUCUAUAGAACUUUGACUUUAUGCUUCUGACCAAAUCAGCAAUACUUUAACCACUCCCAUAUCUCAUGUCGAAGGUGUCUUGCGUAAAUCAAAGUACACCUUAGUUGACAGUCAGCUUUACGUACAGGCAUUCGUAUACCUCCUUUGUUUUCUUUCUUCUAAAUCAUGGCCACUAACACAAUUUGAAAAUGAAGAUUGCUGCAAGAGUCGUGUGUUUGUUAGUUAUUGCUGUCGUAGUUUACGGUCUCGUGUACAUGUCAUUUAUCAGACAGGUGGUUAAUAGUGACAACAGGUUACAAAGGCCAGAAGAUCUGGAGGUUCUUAGAAGACUGAAGAGAAUAGAAGAUCAAGUUUAUAAAAUAGGUGAGUUUGUGCUCAUUACAUUUGAGAACAUAAUAUUUAUUCAUUAUCUCGACACUUGUAUACUUUCAAUUUCAGCCAAAGUAAUAGAGGUCAAAAAUCAAAAAGUCAAAGAGGCUGUCGUGGAACAGAAAAUUACAAAAAAGAAGUUGUAUCCAAAUUCACCUCUCUUCAGUUCAUGGGGAGCUGAUCUCACAGAAGAGGAACAGAUGGAAGCAGAGAGGCAGUUUCAGGAGUUUGGAUACAAUGUGUUCCUCAGUGACAGAUUACCACUGAACAGAACAAUCCCCGAUACUCGAAACAUCAGAUGUGCUGUGAAGAUCUACCCUAAGGACCUGCCAACCAUUAGUGUGAUUCUGAUCUAUCUGAAUGAGGCUCUGUCAGUCAUUAAAAGGGCAAUCCGCAGCAUCAUUGACAAAACUCCUGCUCGUCUGCUGAAGGAGAUCAUCCUGGUAGACGACUACAGCUCCAAUGAGGAUCUGCAAUUGGCUCUAGAUGAAUAUGUUGAUGUAAUUAAUAAAGACAAACCUGGCUUAAUCAAGAAAGUGAGACACAAAAGGCAGAUGGGGCUUGCGAAGGCAAGAAUCUCAGGCUGGAAAGUGGCCACAGGUCAGGUGGUAGCCAUUCUGGAUGCGCACAUUGAAGUUCAUAUGGAAUGGGCAGAGCCACUACUUGCAAGAAUCAAAGCAGACAGGACAGUAGUGCUGUCACCAGUGUUUGACAAUGUGCUUUUUGACACACUGGAGGUUAUUGAGUAUAUUCCAUCUGCUCAUGGGUUCGACUGGAACCUCUGGUGCAUGUACGAGUCCUUCCGGCCAGAAUGGUACAGAAAUGACCCAUCAGUACCAGGGAAGAGUCCCUCAAUCAUGGGUAUUCUUGUCGCCGAUCGUGAAUUCCUGGGAGAAAUUGGAGUUUUGGAUGAAGGAAUGACAAUUUAUGGAGGUGAAAAUGUUGAACUUGCAAUACGUGUCUGGCUCUGCGGUGGGAGUAUUGAAGUGGUGCCAUGUUCAAAGAUUGCACACAUUGAAAGAGAACAUAAGCCAUAUUCACUAGAUCUCAGCAAACCCAUGAUUCGAAACGCCCUGAGAGUGGCUGAAAUCUGGCUGGAUGAAUAUAAAUCAAAUGUGAAUAUUGCCUGGAAUCUCCCUCUAAAGAAUCAUGGGAUUGAUAUUGGUGACGUGACUGAAAAAAAGUUACGAGAGAAACUCAAAUGCAAGCCCUUCAAAUGGUAUCUGGAAAAUGUAUAUCCUCUGCUAGACAGCUUGGAAGACAUAAUUGGUUAUGGUUCGCUGAAGAAUGACAUCCAGGAAAGAUACUGCGUUGAUCAAGGUGAAGUUCCUGGAAGUGUACCUAUUCUGUAUGAAUGUCAUUACUAUGACCCUCAGCAUUGUUAUUACAACCGUAAUGGAGAAAUCUACAUCGGAGGCAUCAAAUCCCACACGUAUAACUCGAACCGUUGUCUAAUGGAUCCUGGUAGUGGAAAUACACCAGCGUUGCAUGACUGUAAAAAUGCCAAAGAGAAAGGAUUGAGCAUAUACUGGGACUUUUCUCAGGGAAAUGCAAUAAGGAACAGAAACACAAAUCGAUGUCUUGAGAUCGGACAAGGAGAGGAUUCCUACUAUUAUCUUAUUUUGCAAACAUGCACAGGCCAAAAAUGGACAAUACAACAUGUUAUCAAAGACUUUUAAAAGGAAAUUUCACAGAAGUGAAAAUGCAGUAAAGGAAGUAAGAUGUAUCAAACCUCAAAAUAUGUGUGUACAUGUAUGUGAAUGGAAAUACACAUUUGAUUGUGUUCUUGUUUGUGAAUUAUUUUUUGUGUCAAGUUUAAGUCAACUGCGGUUUAA